UUCGGACACCCCGGUUGGCUCUCAGAAUGGUACGGUCCUGUAAACCUGCACAGGAAGAAGAUACGGGUCAGGAGGACGACGUUUGGGAUUUAUUAUCGCUCAUUUCUAACAUGUCCGGCGGUAAUGUGCACCUGUGUGGAGUGAUGUGUGGUUAGCUUGACGUUUAGCCGGUUUCCACCCCCGUCUGGCUCUGAGCCUUCUCACGAGGUAUGAUGGGAAAGAAUAACGGACCAGCUGGGCGUGUUUACAUCUGCUAACUACAAUACCGUGCAGCACUGAUAGCUGGAGCUGCGUGCUCGUCUCGGUUACAGCGGCUGCACAGGUGAAAUAAAAGCCAGCCAUCACUUCAGCAUCACAGUCAGCCUCAGCUAGCUCUGUCAUCCAUCAUAUAAGUGGCUGUUCAAUGCCUAAUACAUCAGAAAGUCAAGGAGCAAACCUAUCUGGGCCAGCAGAACCGUCGGGGCUGCAAAGGCCCACCAAUGGGGAGGAGGAACACGGUCUGCUCAGCUCCCUCGCCCGGGACGCUGCCAGAGUAAGGAGGGCUUCGAGCGCCGAGCUCCACCUGCCGUGGACCUGCCCGGUCACACACUCCCGUGAGAAGUUCUACACGGUCUGCUCUGAUUAUGCUCUUCUCAACCAGGCUCCCUCCGUGUACCGUCCCCCAAAUGCAGCCAGGGACGUUGUCACGAGCAAGCAGGAUGACGGGCUGUCUCUUGUGAAGCCAAAACCUGCAUCUGAUUUCGGUGCUGGCCAUUCGGGAGGGGCCCACGUGGGAUCAGAUGGGGAUUGUGACAUGGUUGAAGUGUCCUCCAGCCACGCUAAACCUAUUUUAGCCUGGGAGAUUGAUACCACAGACUUCAAUGCGGUGCUCACCAGGAAAACAAGAACAAGCAAUGUGAAGAAAUGCAGCACCAAGAAGAUGAAGUCAUCAGACAGACCCAGCCGAAAUCUGCAAGACGUCUCUCCUCAUGCCUCGCUGGAGGAGAUCAAACAGAGGAAAGUGCUGGACCUCAGAAGAUGGUACUGCAUCAGUCGGCCACAGUACAAGACUUCAUGUGGAAUCUCUUCUCUGGUUUCCUGCUGGAACUUCUUGUACAGCACUCUGGGUGCCGGGAGUCUGCCGCCCAUCUCUCAGGAGGAGGCUCUGCAUAUUCUGGGUUUUCAGCCGCCUUUUGAAGAAAUCAAGUUCGGUCCUUUCACUGGCAACGCCACCUUAAUGCGGUGGUUCAGACAAAUCAAUGACAAUUUCCGAGUGCGAGGUUGCUCCUACAUUCUGUACAAGCCGCACGGGAAACACAAGACAGCAGGAGAGACAGCUGAAGGAGCGUUGAUGAAGCUGACACAAGGACUGAAGGAUGAGUCUAUGGCCUACAUUUACCACUGCCAGAACCACUACUUCUGCCCAGUGGGCUUUGAAGCUACGCCACUCAAAGCAGCAAAGGCUUAUAGGGGCCCUUUACCCACCAAUGAAAUGGAGUACUGGAUCCUCAUUGGCGAGCCCAGCAGGAAACACCCAGCUAUCCACUGUAAAAAGUGGCUCGACAUUGUGACGGACCUCAACACACAAAAUCCAGAAUACCUGGACAUCCGUCACACAGAGAGGGGGAUUCAGCGCCGCAAAACCAAAAAGGUGGGUGGCAACCUGCACUGCAUCAUGGCCUUCCAGAGGGUGAACUGGCAGAAGCUCGGCCCCUGGGCUCUUAACUUGGAGAACCUGCGCCACGACUUCCACCAACACGGCACAGAGCGGCCCCAGGGGAGCGCCGCGGAGGAGGCGGAGGAGAGGACGUCAUCCAAGCGCCUGGCCAACCUGGGACGCUCACACAGUAUGGGAAGUCAGAAGGACACCAGCUGGAAACGUCUGUCCAACACCACAGAGUACAGACAGAGGAGCUCCCCUGACAGCGACCUUGAAGAAGACAUCACAGACUGAAAAGGUUCAC